CCCACGCGGGUUUCGCUGCUUCCAGAACCAAAACCCUUUCUCAAGGAAACCAUAAAUCAGGGAGAGAAGUAGAAACUCCGACGAUCCAUCGGCGGAAAUUCGAGCCCUAGGGCGAAGAAGAUCGAAGCAAAGUGAUGGGGUUAAUAACGAGCAGUUUCCCAUUCAUAGUGGGCACAGUGUGUGGGAUUUACAUAGCUCAGAACUACGAUGUGCCCAACAUCAAGAAGGUUUUCAACGAUGCGUUUUCCAAGGCCAAGCAUGUCGAAGAGCAGUACCGGAAGCCGAAGAGAGGUGACUGAUGUCGUUUAAUUGGAUUAGCUAAAUACGAAAAAGAUAGAUUUAGUAUUUUCUUAGCAGUACAGUCAAUUUUUUCCACUCGCAAAACUUUUGGUGCAGAAGUAGUACAAUCGAGGGUUUUGUAAUGGAAUUCCGUUUAAUUGAUGAUCCCUAGUUGAGACCGAAUGUUCAGUUAUGUUAUUUUGCAGGCAAUUUUUCUAUGCA